CAUCCACCCUCUGAGCCAGGGUGGGUGAACCUUGCCCUGGAGGCCUGUCACAGUGGGGACAGAGACACUGCCCUAGGCCACACCAUGGCCAGCCCGCUGUGCCUCGUCCUGCUCAGUGCCUCACUGGCCAGCCUCCUGUCACCAGGGGGAAGUGUGUUCAUUAACCAGGAACGUGCCAACACUUUCCUGGAAAGGAUCCGGAGGGCAAAUUCAAUGUUUGAAGAGUUGAAGAAAGGAAACCUUGAAAGAGAGUGUUUAGAAGAGACUUGCUCCUACGAAGAGGCCCGAGAAAUCUUUGAGGACACGGAGAAGACGAACGAAUUCUGGAAUAAAUACAAAGAUGGAGACCAGUGCGAAAGCAGCCCCUGCCUGAACCAGGGCGGCUGCAAGGACGGCCUCGGCGAGUACACGUGCACCUGUUUGGAGGGCUACGAAGGCAAAAACUGUGAAUUACCCACGCGAAAGUUCUGCAGCCUGGAUAACGGGGAGUGCGACCAGUUCUGCAGCGAGCAGCGGAACUCCGUGGUGUGUUCCUGUGCCAGGGGCUACAUCCUGGGUGACGACGGCAAGUCCUGCAUUGCCACAGAUGCUUUUCCCUGUGGGAAACACACUGAGAAAAUUAGGAAAAGGUCGGUGGCCCAGACCUCCUACGACAGCGAGGAUCCCUCCCAGACCGUCAUGCCGGACCUGUACGACCCUGGAGACCUGGGACCCACCAUGAACCCUUACCAUCUGCUGGACCUCAACAGCACAGAGCCUAGCUCUGUGGACGACCAGACGAAACUCAUCCGGAUAGUGGGAGGGAGGGACUGCAGAGACGGCGAGUGCCCCUGGCAGGCUCUGCUCAUCAACGAGGAGAACGUGGGCUUUUGCGGUGGCACCAUCCUGAAUAACUUCUAUGUCCUCACUGCCGCUCACUGCCUUCUCCAAGCCAAGAGUUUCAAGGUGAGGGUAGGUGACCAGAACACGGAAGAGGAGGACGGCAACGAGAUGGUGCACGAGGUGGAGAUGAUCAUAAAGCACAACAGGUUCAACAAGGAGACCUACGACUGCGACAUCGCCAUCCUCAAGCUGAGGGUGCCCAUCACCUUCCGCAGAAACGUGGCCCCUGCCUGCCUGCCCGAGAAGGACUGGGCCGAGUCCGCGCUCAUGACGCAGAAGACGGGCAUCGUGAGCGGCUUCGGGCGCACCCAUGAGAAGGGCCGUGCGUCCACCACCCUCAAGAUGCUGGAGGUGCCCUAUGUGGACAGGAACACGUGCAAGCUGUCCACCAAAUUCACCAUCACCCAGAACAUGUUCUGUGCUGGCUACGACUCGAAGCCUGAGGACGCCUGCCAGGGGGACAGCGGGGGCCCUCAUGUCACCAAGUUCAAGAAUACCUACUAUGUCACCGGCAUCGUCAGCUGGGGAGAAGGAUGUGCACAGAAGGGAAAGUUUGGGAUCUACACCAAAGUUACCAACUUCCUCAGGUGGAUCAAUAGAUCCAUGAAAGCCAAGGUCAGGGCCCACAGUGAGCAGGAGGACCCUACGUUGUCCCCUGUACUACAGUGAUCCCACCAAAAGACCCACUGGCAGCCACUGGUGUCCUGUUUUGUCUUAACACUUGCCACUCUGAUCAGGCUGAAUCCUGGAAUAAGUUUCCUUUCUGUGAUGAGUA